GCCGUUGCCACACCUGAUUGCUAAGUACUCUAGUGCGAAGUGCUGCUUUGCUUUUCCAGGUUGUCUAAAUCUCCGGUGACAGUUACUAUGUCUUACGGGUACGGUCAGGGUCAGCCCGGUGCUGCAAGUUACAGCGGAGGGUAUGGUGGUGCACCUGGAGCCCCUGGUCCUCAACAGGAUCCCCUCUUUGGCUUUUUCUCUUCUGUGGCUGGCCAGGAUGGCCAAAUAGAUGCAGAGGAGCUACAGAAAUGCCUUACUCAAGCAAAUUUUACUGGUACCUCCAAACCUUUCAACCUGGAAACGUGCAGGCUAAUGAUAUCCAUGUUGGAUCGAGAUAUGACUGGUACAAUGGGUUUCAAUGAGUUCAAGGAGCUGUGUAAUGUAAUAAAUGCUUGGCGAGGUAACUUUAUGAGCAUGGACAAAGACAGGAGUGGUACUGUAGAUGCCCAGGAAAUGCAGCAGGCCAUCACUUUAAUGGGCUUCCGAUUAAGUCCUCAAGCAAUGAAUAUCAUAGUGAAAAGAUAUAGCCUUAAUGGAAAGAUUGGUUUUGAUGAUUAUAUGGCUUGUUGUAUAAGACUUCGGACCUUGACAGAUUCAUUUAGAAAACGAGACCAAGCUCAACAAGGAACGGCCAGUUUUUCAUAUGAUGACUUUAUCCAGUGUACCAUGAGUUCUUAAAGAAGACUUCAAGAACAUUUUAAAUCUACAAAUUCCUUCAUCAGUUUGCAAAAGGAUCAUGUUUUGUAAAAUGAUUUGCAUUUGUCAAUUUUUUUACAUGUUUUUUUGUAUCCGUUAAAUAAAUGAUUGGCUCUUAUUUGCUAAUUCUA